AUGCAUCAAGAUGAACCGCUACCGAUAUACUCAAAAGAAUCAAAAGAUAUAAUAACUAAGAAUGAUCAAACUGACAAAAAAAAAUCUAGCACAGUCAAGAAAGAAUCAAAACCAGAACCUCCUUCAUAUUAUCAUCCACCAGUAGGUAAAAUACCAUUUUAUUUUCAAGAAGUACCGUUAAAAAAUUGGUCAAUUGUCAUAAAUACAAGAUACUACAAAGAUGGAUUAGUGUUUGUUGGUAAUCGAUCAAUUAACAAAUAUGAAUUAUGCAAAACUAAAAAAAAUGAUCCUCAAGUUAUAAAACUACAACAACAAGGAAUAGGUAUACCUUUAUUUAAAGUUGAGGUUAGUCUGAACCCAUUGUCUUCAAAAUAUUUAAUUAUCAAAAGACAUUUACCAGAUCCUCAAACUUCAUUUGAUAUCGAUAAGAAUUAUUACGAUUAUUGUAUCGUUAAAAAAUUUAGUCAAACUGGUUACACUUCAUUUGUACUUAAUAUUAAACCUGAUCCAACUAAUGACAAAACAAAUUUUCAAAUCACAUUAUUCUCUCAUACUACAUUUCCUAUUUAUGAUUACAAUUAUAAAGGUCAAAGACUACGAUGGAUUGAAGAAUCAGGUAAGCCUUUUUUUUAUAGAUUAAAUCAAGUAAAGUAUGGUUUAAAACAUACUAUCUUAUCACCAGAGCAACCAUCAUUAUGUGAUAACUGGGAUGGUAUAGGUAAUAAAUUAAAUAAUAAACCCAAUCCAUUGUUAAAAUCAUAUAUAAAAUCAAAAAUUCAUCCAGAUUCUGAUGCAGUUAAACCUGAAUAUUAUGGGACAACAAACAAUGCAGUUUUUGGUGAGGCUCAAGUUGAAUUUGAAUUAGGUAAGUUGGGUUUGGCGGAAUUAUUAAUUAAUGAUAUUUAUAAUACAAAUUCUAAUGUUGAUUAUGAUAGUUUAUUUUCAUUAAAUGAAGAAUGUUUAAUUAUGAUUUGUAUGGCUUCUGUUUUGAAAAAAGUAAAAGAUAUUAAUGCAGAAAUAUGGAAACAAUCAAUGGCAGUUAAAUUGAAUCAAAAUUAUUUAUUUUGA